AUAACCACAGCUACUACUAUUAUGCUACAGUUGCUUAGAUUGUUUGUCCCUUUCUUUCCUGUUUGUUGUUCAGAUUCCAUCUCAUUAUCAGCUUCCUCAGGGAAGCUUUCUAAGACUUAUGACCAGCUCAGAACCUGUUGUAGACUCUCAGAGUACCUUGUGCUUCUCCUCUUGGCAGUGGCACACUUUUGCCUAUGGGAUUGAUUGUUUACUAAUUAACGAUUCAUUGAUUAAUGUCUAUCUCAGUGUAGACUCAGUAGGAACAGGAUCUGUCUGGUUUUGUUAAUAUUCUGUUCCUAGUGCCUAACACAGUGAAUGAGGGAAAUGACAAUGGUGAACAGAAUUAUACAGGUCUUUUUGUCUUUUGUAUUAUAGAGCUGACGGUUACUCUUAUGUAACACUAAGUGGUGACUAUUUUUGGUGAAAUUAAAUAUGACUUGAAAUUAUUAAAGACUAAUAGAAACUGAUAAAGUGACCCAAACUACCAAGCAAAUUAAUCAAAGAAAUGGAAAAUGAAAUUUUGUGGUUUCUAAGGAUUUUCUGAUAAAUGAAAGAGAAGCAGGAAAAAGUGGUGCUCUUUCUAUACAACUCAUGGGGUUUUUCUGGAAAAAAAUUAGAGUCAUGCAUUCUGAUUAGCAUUACUUUAUACUCAGAGAAUAAUUUGUCUUUGGUGUGAAGCCCUGCAGGGGCAGCGAUCAUUAACCAUUUUCUUUUCUCCCAGACACUGUGCCUGGCAUGAGUUAGAUACUUAGGGAAUAUUUGUUGAAUUAACACUAAAUGUUAUAAAGAAAUUAUUGUGAGUGGGCUUGUUGGAUUAGCUUCUGGAACAGAAUAUUUUCUCAGCACUUACUUACCAUCCCAUCUAUAAUUAUUGGUUUACUUCCUAGAAGAAUAUCUUUUUGGGCUCUGAAAUGGUAACCAUUUCUGUGUUUGCAUUUUGUGUGUAUUUUGGGAUAGAAUGAAGAGUACCGUCUUGUAGCACAGACAGAAGAAUUUAUAGUGUUUCAGGUAUACAUGAUAGGUUUUUCUACCAUUCCAGAAGGCCUGAACUGAAUGUGACAGCAUUAUAGAAAAUUAUGUCUUAUGAAUACAUAGAUGAAGUCUUCCUUCUGUAUUUUCCUGAUGGCUAAAUAGCAAAUCUAAUAUUUGACCCUUGUCUAAAUGUCUUACAUCACUGGAUUUGGUUUUAUGAGGGAAAAUGAUGUUUUUUUCAAGUUUGGAACUACUUCACGCUUACAGGGUGUUUUUCCCCCCCUCAAGAAUGUUAUUUAAUUUUAAAUGUAAGAAGGUUCUAUUUAAAGAUUUUUUUCCCCAUCCUGUUGCUUUGUAUGAGGAACAGAUGGAACUAAAGCAUGUGAUAAUAGAGGCAAGAUUGAGGGCUGCUAGAGUGAGGUAAUACGUCUUCAUAGGUUGAACAAGUCAUAGGGAUUUUGACUUCCAACUGCUAAUUAACUGAAGACAGUGGUUGUUCAUUAGAAUUAGACUGAUCUUUUUAGAUACUGAAUUAUGACCUAAAGAAAUAUGUAGCCCCACUGCUAGAUAAAACUUUUCACUUUUGUGCCCAGGUUAGAUGCAUAAAAAUAAUUAUUAUCAGACCUUUAGGAAAACGGCCAGUGGACAAAGGGAAGGGACUGUGAAACUUGCUCAUUAGGCUGGGAUUGAAAGAUAAAGGGACCAGAGAGCAGCAGUUUCAGUGUCUAUUCACAGAGAAAUUGUCCAAGUCCUGUUUUGGAAUGUAGUCUUGUGUGUCCAGUCCAUGAAAGUGGUAGGUUGGUGGCACACCAACAGAGUUGGUCACACUAUCAGCACAGGUGUCAGGCAGGUGAGCCUGCAUGAGGCCUCAUGUGGCUGUACCACCUGUGGCUCAGGAUCUAGUCUUGGGGUGUAGAGUACUAGAAGAAUCUAGGCUACCACCAUUUACUGAGUUUCAAAAUGGGUCCCCAGAUUGGAAAAGUAUCAGAAUUAUGGGAAAGCCUGGAAGAAGAUAGGAAAAUAAAGCAAGGAAUACGUUCUUAUCUAAUUUUUCUAUUUUAUUGUUUUAAAUCUUUUUUUGUUUUUUUUAAUGUACUCUCAAAGACUACAGUAGAUAUUGUCCUCUAGAAGGUUAACUAAUUUUGUGAUCAUGUUGCUAUAUAGAAAGGAAUAGUAUCCAGAGAAUGAGAGGGUACAUAAUGUCACUCUUGCCACGUCAGGGACAGGGAGCUGUCACACAACUUCCUGGACCCUAAGACUAGUUCCUAAGCUAUUGGUAGAGUUGAUUUUUCAAGUCUCCUCUGCAGUCGUUCUAUGAAUGGCUGGCCUCCAUUUCACUUCUGGAGUCCGUCUUCCCAUAGUGAAUUUUCCAUUUUAAGGUAACCAUUUCCAACCUUAUUGCAGUCUGAAAAGGUGUAUGGCCAUGGAAUCCAUAGCUUUAAAGAAGCAAACAGCACAGGAGAAAAACCAACUUCUGUUAGAAAUUAGGAAACCUGGGCGCAAGUCUCUGUCACUUAAUUCAUUAUGAAAUCCUAGACAAGUCACUUCAUGUUUCGGAGUCUCAGGAAUCUUCACCUAUGAAGUGAAGAGAUUGAAGGUGAUUAUUUCUAAGGUCCCUUCCAGCUCCCAAUGAAAUUAAGUUCAUAAGAAUGGCCUAGAAGAAAAUCAUUCAUUAGCACCUUUAUGACAGUAGCACUAGCACCAACAUUGAAGAUGUUGGACCAUGUAACAAUUAUGGCUAGAGAGCCUCAGAGAGCACCUGACCUCUGACUCCAAGAUCAGCAUUCUGUCACUUAACUCUCUCUUGUACAAGUUUGUGUGUUCUAAGAACCUAGGGUAAGCCAUGAGAUCCUUUUGAAUUAGGUGAAUGUUACAUCCACCAUUCUGUUCUGAAAAUAAACUAAAGCUGUUUUUUUUCUUGCCACCUCAUGCCUCUCUCCUUUCCCCUAGCCCUUCUGUGUAUCAUGUUAAUAAUUCUACCCCUGGAAUCGGUAUUCAGAAUUCAUUACCACUUUGGCUUCUCUCCAGAGUUCAUAACUCAGUCUUCAUCUUUUUCUGCUAUUGGUUUCAUGACAUUGUCUUAGAGGGGAAAGAAGCAUCUGGCUAGAUACCCUUGAUACUCUCUUGUCUAUCUCAUGUGAGGUCUGCAAGUCUUCAAUUCAUUGAUCUCUCAAAGGUAUUCACCAUUAUAAUUAUCGCAGUAAAAUUUUCUGUUUUUUCUAAACCUUACCCCCAACUGACUAUGAACUUCCUAAAUUUAGGGGGCUUGUACUGGGGCUGUAUAUCCCCAGCACCUGGUACCCAGUAGGCAACAUGAACACAGUAUUAAAUUGGUUUAGUUUCUCUGGGACUCUGACUGUGGAAAGGCUUAGAAAGUUUUUCUGCUGACCUUUAAUUGGAGCACUUUUUUAGCAGCCUUUCAGGGUUUAUGUACUAAAUAGUAUCUUCAGUCAGAAAAGCAUCAGAAGGUGAUGCACCAAUUUUCAGACUUUUAGUUAAUUUGCAUGAUUACAUUUCUCUUACUAUUUGUAUUUGAUAUGGAAGUCACCUUUAUUUUCUGUUAAAGCUUUUAUGGAAAGGUAUUUUGAACUUCUAAAUAGCACUGCCCUCCAGGAGGCCUGUCUGUAUUUUAUACCAAGCAGGCUAUCUGUGCACAGGCUGGCUAAAGUCUAAGGACAGUCAAGCCCACUCAGAGCAGGAUGGGGCAGGACAAGGCCAUCCCAUAAGUCUUUGAAAUGAUUCAUAUUAAAUCUGGUUGUGAACCCCAUAUAUACUUAACAUGAUGACUGUGGGUGAUUUGAAGUAAAUGUAGGGAAAGGAAAAUAAGACUUGUUCAGAAAACAAGUAGAAAACCAUAUUGUUUAAAUAUUAUUUAAGAUAUGGUAUGUUAUAGGCAUACUCAUUGCAUCUUUAUUUAGAGUAGCAAAGACUGUAAACUAAAUAUCCAAUAAUAAGACCCUGAUAACAUAUGAUGCAUCAGCACACUGGAAUAUACCUUGCAGCUGUUGACAAGAGUGAGGUAGCUUUGUGCUGAUGUAGAAAGAUCUUGAUGAUAGGAGAAAAAAGCAAGCAACAAAAAGAAUAUAUAUCAUGCCUUCAUUUAUCGCCCAUAAGAAUGAAAAGGACAUAAUAUACACAUACUCAAACACAUAGUGUAUAUGGAUAAAUGAUCUCUGGAAGGAUAGAUAGGAAACUAGCAAUAGUACUUUUUUCUAGGCAGAGGACUAGGAAUCUGGUGGGGGAGAGAACUUAAAUUUCACUGCAUACUCUUUUGUACCAUUAGGAAAGAAAUUAAUUGUGUAUUAACUAUAUCCAUUUUUCAGAAAAAAAUAUGCUGAAUUUUCUUGGAAGUUUAACUGCAUGAAAUACAAUAGAGAAGGGAAGCUUACUAUAUAUUUAUGGAGUUUGAUUAUUUGACAAAUAGUCAUUGAGCUCCUGCUCUCCACCAGGACUAUUGUAAGCUCUGAGGUGCAGGUAGCUUCAGACAGCAGUGAAUGCCAUUAAGACCAGGAGAUAGCAGUUAUGACAGAGAAUGAGUGGGGUGGAAAGUGGGGGCUCUUUUAGGAAAGGGGACAGAAAAAGUCUCCUAAAACAAGUACAGUUGAGCUGAACUCUGAAUGAUGAGACGGCAGCUAUGUGGAGGAUCAGGGUAGAGCAACAGAGUUCCAGGUGUGAGGACAGCAUAUGGGGGAGUAAUUAAGGAAGGUGUCAAAGGAGCUGAGCUUGUGUUUUAUUUGCGGCUGAGUGAAAGCUACAGUGCAGUGUAUUAAACUGGAAUCAAGAGACAGGCCUAACUGAAGGAGAGAGUGGUAUUGGGAAGUGGUGGUAAUUAAGCUUAGGUCAAUAGGAUGAGGCCAGGCCUGAGUGCUAGGGGUCCUGCCAGCUUCCUCACAUACCGCUUGGAGGACAUAUUCAGAUAUAUUAUAGGCAUCAUCUGUUGUUUAUUCUUACUACUAGCGGCAUUGCAGUGGUUGUCUUCACUCUGUCCAAGUAGGAGUUUGGGACAGAAAAUACAGGGAAGGCACAGAGGAAGACUUUUCUCUCCCUGACUUGCAGAAAGUUUUAUUAUAGGUUUAAAAAGGAAAGAGCCAAUGUAAACAGCCAUAGUUUGUGGAAGACAGUGUGGUUGGUGGAAUCAUUUAAAGUGAGGAUUUAAGGGCACCUAGGGGGUUCAGUCAGUUGAGUGUCCAACUCUUGAUUUUUGUCUCAGGUCAUGAUCCCAGGGUCAGGGAUUAAAUCCUGUGUUGGGCUUCGCACUGGGCAUAGAGCGUACUUGAGAUUCUCUCUCUCCCUCUUCCUCUGCCCCUCCCCUGCUCUCUGAAUAAUUAAUUAAUUAAUUAAUUGAGGAUUUGAAUGCUGGCUCUGUGCUAACCUCCUGAAUUGACCUCUCUCAUCUGUAAAGUGGUGGGGGUUGUAAUGUCACCUCAACCCACCUCGCAAAAUUGUCAAGUUGAGAAUCAAAGUGAGAUAACAAAUGUUACUUCUAUAAAGUAUAAGGUGUUAAACAGAUGAAAGUUUGUAUUAAUAAUGACAUUACAGGAAUGGUGGUGCCAGUUGGACAGUCUGUAGAUAAAGGUAGCAUAUUAAUGCUAAACUUCCCAGAAAUCAAAUUGUAUAUCAGACUCCAUUUCUGUACAUACUAAUACAUGGUUUUCAUCCUUUUUAUGUAACCUUUUUGGUGGAGAAAAGGAAAUCCAUUUCCUCAGGAUACAUGUUCUAACUCCUCAUUAUGUUGACUGGCAAAUAUCCAAAAGGUGUGUUUCUUUUAAACCAAUGCUCUGUAUUUCUAGUCAUGCUGAGGCAGGGACUCAUUGUCUUUUAUGUAGUACUUUUUGAAUUUUUAUCUUGCCUUUGCUGUUAGUUCAUUCAUCGGUUCUACCUCAAGCUUGCUUGUGGUAAAUGGAAGAUAUUUGCCUAUAUACCUAUAUAAUUAUCAUAUACUUAAAUUAGAAUUAUGCAUAUGUUAAAUGAUAACUUUAUCAUAAUGUUACAGCGCACCACUUUUUAUAUCUUUGGGACAUGCUUUGUAAUGUGUAAAUUCACUAUGGAUUUUUUGAAUUUAAAGAACAGUUAUGCAAUAGUUUCAAAUUACCUGAGAAAAGAGAAAAAUUUACCACAAAGUAGCCAAAAUGAUGUUAUAGAAUUAUAACAUUCUAAACUUAAUGAAUUCUUAGAGGAGAUUCCCCAAGUUCUUCUAAAAGCCAUUAUCUAUUAUUAUUUUAGACAAAAUAGUAUCAAAAAUUAUUUAUUAUUAUUUUUUGCUUAUGGCAGAGUUAAAGUAUCAAGUACUUCAGAGAUAUGAAAAAUAAAGAAGUCUAGAGGAGGGUGGAAGAAGCCCCUGACAUGAGGGUAAAACUAAACCUCACAUCCACAUAUCCCUUUGCCUGGACUGAUUGACAUGGCCGAAACAGCCUGAACAUGCUGAGUCCUCAAGGAAAAAUUCAGACUUGAGGAACUGAGUGUUGAGGCAAGACUGUGUUCCUAGAUUGGCAUUUUACAGACUAUUUUAAAAUUUUGUUGUUUAUAUUUACAUGAAAACUUCUUUUAUCUGGAGGCUUAUUUAGCUGACCCUCUCUCUACCCCUGUGAUGCCCGAUGAGCAAGGCAUUGUAGUCCUGAGUGUUAUGCUCAAAAUGACUUUGUGUGUCAGGAGCUAAAUUAUCUGAUCUUCUAAUAAUCUCCAAUUUGUUAUUUUUACUCAGAAGGUUGUAUGUGUUCUUAUACUCUGACAGAGCAUUUACACCUCUUGGAAAAGCUCUUGCUUUUUAUUGAUCAGAGUUGGUUUUUUUGGUCUCACUCUAAGCCAUAUUUAAAAUUAACAUGUGCUAAAUGACCAAUUUUUUUUAACUUUUUAGUAUGAUAGGAAGGUAGUGUCACCUCUUUAUUCUGUUUUUUUCCCCCAUAUAACUGGAUACAAUUCCUGUCUAAAUAUCUGGCUCAGUGCUCUAAGGUCAUAAGAAACAUUUAAUUCUUCAGAAGGCAAUACAAUUUAAAUUACUGUUAAACCAUGUGUGGCCUGAAACAGGAAAGAGAGGAAAAUAGAUGAUAGCUGGAAAUGCCUUUGUGGCUACUGUCUUUUUACUAGCCUGUAAUUGAUGAGUCUUUUGCUUUACAUACUUACUCCCACCCUCCAACCUCUGCAACCCCCUGGCCUUUAGGAGAUUUAUCUUUGUUCACACCCCACAUGGUGCCUAACAGGUUACUUGAGACUUUUAUUUGUGGUAUCUCUAUUUUGUUGUUGACAUUAAUGAGCUUGAUGUACAAUGUCACAAGAGAAAUGGUGUUGUUAUUUGGAAUGUUAAUGAAUAGCUUGCCUGGCCAAUUGCCAUUUGUUCCAGCGUGUGAAUAUGGAGCAUGCGUGCGUGCGUGCAUGCGUGCGUGCGUGCGUGUGUGUGUGUAAAAGAGAGACGAGUAGCAGGGGUGGGAUUGCAUUUUUUUCCUCUUCGUAGCCAGUGACGUGAGCUGUGCCUGGAACAAUCAGACUCGCUGCAAACAGGGUAGUUGAAGAUGCUGGGGGAGGCAGCCUGGUGUUUCUUAAGCUAACGCAGAUCUCUGCUCUUUGAGCUGCUCAGGCACAACCCGACAGAGUUCCUUCAGCAUUAGAGCCUUGCAGCGGUUGGAAAGUGCCUUUUUAUUUCUCCCAGCCUCUUCCCCAGUCAACCUUCAAAAUGAUUGGCGUGAAUAGUGUUCAGAGUACCAGCAAGGUGCGAGUGAGGACCUCAGGUUCCGUGAAAUACUCCCGGGAGGAUUCUAUCCGGCGGCAGUCCCACCGGUCAAAGUCUAUGAAAAUUUCUAACUCCUCAGAGUUUUCUGCUAAGGAUACUAAGGCUCUGUACAACUCAAUUAAGAAUGAGAAGCUUGAAUGGGCAGUAGAUGAUGAGGAGAAAAAAAAAUCUCCAACUGAAGGAACUGAUGAGAAGGCUAAUGGAACACAUCCAAAGACCAUCAGUCGUAUUGGGAGUACUACCAACCCAUUCUUAGACAUUCCUCAUGACCCAAAUGCUGCUGUAUACAAAAGUGGAUUCUUGGCUCGGAAAAUCCAUGCAGAUAUGGAUGGGAAGAAGACUCCAAGAGGGAAGCGAGGAUGGAAAACAUUUUAUGCUGUACUAAAAGGAACAGUCCUUUACUUGCAAAAGGAUGAAUAUAAACCUGAAAAGGCCCUGUCUGAAGAGGAUUUGAAAAACGCCGUGAGUGUGCAUCAUGCGCUGGCAUCCAAGGCCAUAGACUACGAGAAGAAGCCGAAUGUACUUAAACUUAAAACUGCCGACUGGAGGGUCUUGCUUUUUCAAGCUCAGAGUGCAGAGGAAAUGCAAGGAUGGAUAAACAAAAUUAAUUGUGUUGCAGCUGUAUUUUCUGCACCACCAUUUCCAGCAGCCAUUGGAUCUCAGAAGAAGUUUAGUCGUCCACUUCUGCCUGCUACUACAACAAAAUUGUCUCAGGAGGAACAGCUGAAAUCUCAUGAAAGCAAACUGAAGCAGAUUACCACUGAGCUGGCUGAACACCGCUCAUAUCCCCCGGAUAAGAAAGUUAAAGCCAAGGAGAUAGAUGAAUACAGACUGAAAGAUCACUAUCUGGAAUUUGAGAAAACCCGUUAUGAAAUUUAUGUCAGCAUUCUAAAAGAAGGAGGCAAGGAGCUCCUGAGUAACAAUGAAAUUGAGGCUGUAGGACUGAAGAAGUCACAUUCAAGUCCUUCACUGAACCCAGAUUCAUCUCCAGUCACAGCCAAGGUCAAGCGUAAUGUGUCAGAGAGGAAAGAUCACCGACCUGAAACACCAAGCAUUAAGCAAAAAGUUACUUAGAAUCGAUCUGUGACCAGGAGGUACUGGUCAUGGAGCAAAAUAGAGUUUUUCAAGAUCUUUCUGGUAAACCCGUGAAUAUAUUUUUAAAAAGUUUGUGACUAAAUGGUGCAUUAGUAACCUUUUCUAUUGUAUAGUUUUGUUAGUUUCUGUACUGAUUGUCUCUUUGCUCUUGAUUACUUUGCUUUGAUGAUUUUUGCUACUUGAUGACUAAUGCACCUUUUUUUGUGAAGGGGAGGGGGAUCAUGAUUUCAGAAUGAAUUAUGUGUCACUUUUUCUUUGUUUAUUUUUUCUUGUUUGCACUCUGCUCAGUUGUUUUAUGUAUUGUCAAAUCAGCUAUUACACUUUUCUAAGGUUAAAAAAUGUAAAUCAUUGUGAAACAUUUAACUGGACAAACUUGGUAGUUGAGUAAAUUCUAGCCAGGGUUAAUAUAAGCCUUUAUAUGUGAAAUGUUGCUCAGUCACAGAGGUGGAAUUGAGCACUGGCAGAAAUUCAAUUAAGAAUUACAAUUCUGGGAAGCAAGAUGGUCCACUGUGAUGCAGGUAUGCAUAUAUCUUUGCACUUAUUGUUGAGUUCUGACCCUGCUGGAAGCAUAGAAAAGGGGGUGUUAACAAGAUGGGAGGACUGGAGAACUAAAGAAGUGCAUUAGCUUCCUUGAAGUGUUGAUUUCAUUUCAGCCAAAGAAGGAAAUAGGAAGUGGAAUCUUUUUGCCAUUGAAGGUUGUGGAAAAAUGACACCAAGUUCAUUUUGUUUCUUAAAGGGUGGUGGCAAUAAUCGACUCUUGGGGAGCUGCAGUAGUAGGUAUGUGGCUGGUGUGCAGGAAAUUGUUACCUCACUUCAAGGUCUAGGCUAGGAAUCCAGAAUCAUCUCUGUCUAUCAGUACUCUGCCAUUCAGGAAUUACGUUCAUACACACACACACACACACA